AGGAAACAUCUCUUGUACCCGCCGAGAAUUUUUUUUUCUUUCCCCAUUUCGUCACCCGGGUCCCCCCUUCUUAAAAGCUCUUGUCCGUCCUCUCGUGUCUGCUACGUCAGACGGGCUUUUUCCAAGACGCGCCGAGAGCAAUCGGGCGGGCCCUCCCCACUCGCCUUCGCCACCUUGAUGCCGGCGCUGGUGCUGCUGUCCAUGCGAGACUUGUACGCUUGAGGAAGCUGAGGCAGCACGGAGACCAUGAUAAGGCCUUCGGGGGGAGUGAAAAGCACCAGAAAAAGAUGUCCACGGAUGACCUGUUGGCGGCUUCGUCAGCAGCGGAUGCGGGUGCCUCGAUCAAAGAUGGAAGCAGCAGUCCCGUUCUGGUGUCCGGUAACGACGCCCUCCAGCUCGCUGCGAUGGGCUACUCACAGUCCAUGUCGCGCAACCGCUUCAGCGUCUGGUCCGUCCUCGGCGUGGGCUUCUCGUUGACCAACUCGUGGUUCGGUGUCUCGGCGGCCCUCGUGGCGGGUAUCAACUCUGGCGGGCCCGUCCUGCUCGUGUAUGGAAUCAUCAUCGUUGCUCUGGUCUCGACGUGUGUAGGCAUCUCGCUGGCAGAGCUGGCGAGCGCGUUGCCCAACGCCGGCGGCCAGUAUUUCUGGGCCUCGGAGCUGGCGAGCGAAGAGUGGGCGCAGGUUGCCUCGUACACGACCGGUUGGUUUGCAUGGGCGGGAAGCAUAUUCACCAGUGCCUCCGUGGCGCUUGCCAUGGGCUCUGCGCUGACGGGUUGUUAUCAGCUGAGCCAUCCGGAUCUCGAGAUCAAACCUUGGAUGGUCUUUGUCACGUACCAGCUCGUCAAUCUGUUCUGCUUUCUCUUCAACUGCUGGGGGAAGACGCUCCCUAAGAUUGCGCAGACGACGCUGUACGUGUCGCUCGUGUCCUUCCUGAUCAUCCUGAUCACGGUCCCUGCCACGGCCGAGACGCACCAGAACGCCAAGUUCGUCUUUGCUACGUUCAUCAACAACACGGGCUGGAACUCUUCCGCCAUAGCUUACAUCGUCGGCCUUGUCAAUGCUAACUGGGCCUUUGCGUGCCUCGACUGCGCCACGCACUUAGCGGAGGAGGUGCAUAAGCCGGAGCGGGUCAUCCCUAUCGCCAUUUUGGGCACCGUCGCUAUCGGAUUCACGACGUCCUGGUUCUACUCGGUGUCCAUGUUUUUCAGCAUUGUGGGCGACUUCCAGGAAAUCGUCAACACGGCCACUCUGGUGCCCAUCCUGGAGCUGUAUCACCGUGCGCUCAACAGCGUCGCCGGCGCUAUCCUGCUCGAAAGCUUGAUCAUAUGCACUGGGCUCGGUUGUUUGAUUGCAUCGCACACCUGGCAGUCGAGACUGUGCUGGUCGUUUGCUCGUGAUCGCGGUAUUCCGGGCUCCAAAUGGCUUUCUCAGGUCCACACAGGGUUGGACGUCCCGCUCAAUGCUCACGUGAUCAGCUGCUUUUUGGUUGCUGUUGUGGGCUGCCUGUAUCUGGCUUCGUACACUGCUUUUAACAGUAUGGCAACGGCAUGCAUUGUGCUUCUUUACGUCUCUUACUCGGUACCCGUGCUUUGCCUCUUGAUCCGUGGACGCGAAAACAUCAAACAUGGUCCUUUCUGGCUGGGUAAGCUCGGUCUUGUGGCUAAUAUUUUACUGCUUACUUGGACGGUGUUCACGCUGGUCAUGUAUUCGCUGCCCUACACGAUGCCCGUCCAGACCAGCAACAUGAACUACGUGUCACUUGUCUAUGCGGUCGUCUGCAUUAUCGUCGCUGGCGAUUGGUUCUUGCGAGGCAAGAAGGCGUACAGGGGUCAGGACAUGCGCCAUCGUGAUGCGGAAGUCGAGGUGAGAAGAGCGAGUUCCGUAGUCGCACCACCCGAGAUACGUGGAUGAACUGAGCAUUUUGCUUAAUCCUGUUGUGUCCUGUAGAUACCCCUGUUGAAUACGAAUGCUAUAGCUGUUUAAUGCCG